AUGGAGAUACUAGUUUCAUCGUUAGCUAUAAUUGCGUUAUGGUGGAUAUGGAGAAUUGUGGAGUGGGUUUGGGUUAAACCUAAGAUGCUUGAGAAUUUUCUGAGAAGUCAAGGUCUUGUUGGAACUCGUUACACGCCUCUUGUCGGAGAUAUGAGAAGGAAUUUUAGGGUGUUGAAGGAAGCAAGAUCGAAGUCAAUGAAACCAACGGAUGAUCUCAUUUCAAUUGUCAUGCCUUACUCCUUCCACAUGCUCAACACUUACCAGGAAAACUUUUUUCACAUGGUAGGACCCGUGCCAUCCAUCACAAUAAUGAAUCCACAACUGAUCAAAGAAGUGUAUAACAAAGUUUUUGAUUUCCCAAAGACGCACACGUUUCCUUUGGUUGCGUUGAUAGCUGAUGGACUUGCUAAUGCUGAUGGACAUAAGUGGGCUAAGCACCGGAAGAUCAUCAACCCGGCAUUCCACUUUGAGAAGAUCAAGAAUAUGGUCCCUACGUUCCAACAAAGUUGUAGCGAGGUUGUUUCAGAGUGGGUGGAGCUAGUUACGGAUAAAGGGUCCUCCUGUGGUGAUGUUUGGCCAUGGAUUGUGAAUUUGACUGGUGAUGUGAUCUCUCGUACCGCUUUUGGUAGCAGCUACAAAGAAGGACAAAGGAUAUUUAUACUACAAGGGGAACUAGCAAAGCUUAUCAUACAAACUCAAGGGAAGAGUUACAUCCCUGGAUAUCGAUAUUUCCCAACAAAGAAUAAUAGAAGGAUAAAGACAAUAGUUAGAGAAAUCCAAGUUAUACUAAAAGGGAUCAUUAGCAAUAGAGAAAAGGCGAGGGACGCUGGAGAAGCACCAAGUGACGACUUGUUGGGCCUACUUCUUGAAUCAAAUUUAGCGCAAGCUACAGGCAAUGGACUUACCACUGAAGAACUUUUGGAAGAGUGUAAGUUGUUUUACUUCGCAGGACAAGAGACCACUUCGGUACUUUUGGCUUGGACAAUGGUUUUGUUAAGCCAGCACCAACACUGGCAGGCUCGGGCACGAGAGGAAGUGAUGCAAGUUUUUGGUGAUAGAGAACCUGAUAUCGAAGGCAUUAACCAACUCAAAUUGUAAAUGACGAUGAUUAUUUAUGAGGUCCUUAGGCUAUAUCCUCCACUAAUCCAGAUGAACCGAGCGAUCCACAAAGAGAUCAAACUAGGAGAUUUGACAUUACCAGCUGGUGUUCAAGUCAGUAUGCCUGUUCUGCUAAUCCAUCGCGACACUAAGCUUUGGGGCGAUGACGCAGCGGAGUUCAAGCCAGAGAGGUUCAAAGAUGGGAUCUCAAGAACAAAGAACCAGGUUUGUUUCUUGCCCUUUGGAUGGGGACCGAGGAUUUGCAUCGGUCAGAACUUUGCUCUGUUGGAGGCAAAAUUUGCGUUGGCUUUGAUUCUACGGAGAUUCUCCUUCGAGUUAUCUCCUUCUUAUGUGCAUGCGCCUUACACAGUCAUCACAAUUCAUCCACAUUUUGGUGCUCAUCUUAUACUAAAUAAGCUGUGA